GGGAGGCCGGGGGGCAACAACCAGCGGGAGCCGGUAGUCUUUGGCAUGAACUCGUGAAUUACUAAGACCAGAUACCGGUUAUAUAUUCGGCAAAUCCCCUGCUAUGUGACCAACACACUCCAUUACCAUCUAACACCCCUAUCUCCCUAUACUUUCCAAGGCAGCCAUGACCCCUUCCAUCCUGAUCGUCGGUGCCACCGGCAACACUGGCCGAGCCGUCGUCCAAACACUGCCGAAACUCCUUCAAGCACCAGGCAACCCUCUAUCCGGACACCGCAUUCUCGCCCUCACCCGCUCCCGGACGAGUCCAGCCGCAACCGAGCUCGCCAAGCUCCCCGGUGUCGAAGUGAUUGAGCAGAACUGGGUGGAAAUCACCGCCGACUGGCUGCGCAGCCACCACGUCACCAGGGCAUUCAUCGCAUCGCACAAUGCACCCAACCAAUUCGCCGAAGAGUCGACCUUCCACCUGAACGCGCUCACCGGCGGCGUGGAAUACGUCGUGCGCAUCUCGACGACGGCGGCGAAUGUCCGCCCGGAUUGUCCGGCCUACUACCCGCGCCAGCACUGGGCCAUCGAGGCCCUCUUGGCCUCGCCCGAGUAUGCCAAGCUGCAAUGGACGUCGCUGCAGCCAAACGUAUUUUCCCAGUUUGUACUGGUCCCCGCUGCGGAGCUUAUCAAGCAGUACCGCAAGACCGGCGAGCAAAGUACACUCCGCCUAAUCGUCGCUGAGGACGCACCCGUGGGGAUUAUCGACUCCAACGAGGUUGGCGUCGUUGCGGCGCAUCUCCUCGCGCAGGCGGACACCUCUGUGCACAACGGGGCCAAGUACGUCCUCAAUGGGCCAGAGGAUACCAACGGAAAGAAGAUUGUCGAGAUGGUGGAGGAGUACAUUGGUGUGCCGGUCAGGGAUGUGAGCUACAAGGAUGUUUCGUUUAUUGACAUGAUGUAUGAGCAUCAGUAUGCGGCGACCGGGCAGUCGAGGAAUGUUAUCUAUUCGAUUAAGCGGGCUCCGGAGACGUCGUGGGAGGGGCUUACGACGGCUGCUACGACUAGUAAGGAGGUUCUGCAGAUUGCUGCGCCGAAGCGGACACCUGCGGAGGUUUUGAAGACUCUCCUGCAAGGGUAAACUGGUUAUUACGAGGCUGAAACAGCAGCUUUCAUUUACAAAUGUUAGCUAUAGUGCAUGAAAUAAAUCAUCAAACCAAA